AUGGUCGCCCGCGUCGCCGGCGACGACGCUGAUGACGAUUUGACUGAAGGCGAAGAAGACUUGUCAGAAUAUCUCUCAAGACGCUCUGUAUCCUCUCAGGCAAGCUCGGAUGCGUCGAGUAGCCAGAAACGGAUUGUGGCAACGUCACCAUCUGGCUCAGACGCUAAAUCAUCGCCUUUUAUAGUAGAUGGUCCCACUAUAUUGCGACCUCCGCUUCUAUCUUCCAACUAUCCCACUGAUAGCGCUGUGGCAAAGCGUCUCCCUCCAACUGCUGCGCUGUCUCGGAGUAUUAUUCCAGCCCACUCUAGGAAGAGUAUAUCCACUGUGACUUCCUCACGCCAAGGGUCUCCGAAAUCUAUCCCAGUUGUUCCUUCUUCCCGAGACGCGAAUAAUUCUGGAGGCACUCGACGCAUCUCCGGUGGGAAAGGUCGACCUCCUCCUGUCAAUGUCGAAAUUAUAGACGUCGAUGCACUCCCAGAUUCACCGGUCCCGCCACCACAGGGGCCUGCUUCUGCGUCUAUCUCUCAGAGCGCCAAUUCACCAAUCUUUGACAUCGGCUCAGCUCACUUCCCCACCUCUUCGCUUCUCCCUCCUGGAUCGGUAUAUUCCAGUACUCGAAGUAGAGUAUCGUGUACUGCGAACCAUGAACACAAAGUGGCGAAACCGAAGAGGCCCACUAAAAAGGAAAUAGAGGCUGAAGGAAAGAGAUUGGAAGAGCAAGAAAGGCAGAUGAAUACUGCUGAAUUCAUCGACUACCUUCCGACGAGAUAUACCCCGGCUGAGAGGGCAAAGAAUCCGCAAUAUCUGAAAGGAGCGAUCAUUCUGCUUGCCAGGCCAAAGAACGAGUGUGACUCUCAUGUCAAAAAAUACCUUCGAAUGCUAUAUCUAGCCGGUGCUGAACUUGUUGGCGAUUACCAACUGCACAUUACCCACAUCGUAGUACCCAGCAAGAAGGAUGCCUACCAAAACGAUGUCAACACCAUAACUAAUGCAAAUGACGUUCCACAGCGCAUCAAAAUUGUGAAAUGGAGCUGGGUCGUAAAGUGCAAACAAGAAGGUAGCAUUCAGAGGCCACAAAUCGAUCAUUAUGUUCAUCCUGCGAGGGGAAACGCCGACUAUGGUAUUACGCUUGUUACCAAUACCAAAAGAAAGCGGGAAGAAGUGGAGUUCUUCGACGACUCUGAAGAUGAGGACAAGCAGAGCCGAAAGAAGAAACGCAUUUCCUUGUCGAAUGAAGCUGAUACAUCGACGGAGGACAAGGGCAAGGAGAGCGAAUGGCGCAAAUGCUACAUCUCGGCGGCGAUGCAGAGUGACGAAGACGAGAGUGAUAAUGAGCGCAUCGACUUCAAGUACCGGAACUUUCAGUGUUUGCAGAAGAGGGAUAAAGUACGAACGGAAUGUCCAAAUCAAGACGUCGUGGAUAAACUUCGUGAGCUUGCAAACACCUAUCGGAACCGUCCUGGAGAUGAUUAUCAUUGGCGUGUCUACGCGUAUUCCAAAGGUGACUAUCUCAAGACGCUCACCUGUAAUCUAACAAGGAGCGUAGCUAUUGCUUCCAUAAGAAACUGCAAACACCGGAUCGAAAGUCUCGAGGAAGCCCUAGGAAUUCAUGGUGUUGGUGUAAAAACGGCAGAAAAGAUAAUGGAGGUCAUUCGAACUGGCAACCUCAAACGCAUUCGGUACGAGCAAGACGAAAGAACCGUGAUCGUGGGGAUAUUUAGAGGCAUUUACGGCGUUGGGACUACUGUCGCGUAUGACUGGUAUUCCCGUGGCUUGAGGACACUGGAGGAUGUCAAACAGCGGAGAUUCGGCAUUAAGCUCACGGCUGCACAAGACAUUGGGGUGAAGUACUAUGAAGAUCUCGCUAGCCGCAUGCCGCGAGAGGAAGCGAAGGAUAUCUUCGAUCAAAUUGUCACACAUGCUCAUUCUAUCGACUCGAAGCUCUCUGUUGAGAUCAUGGGCAGCUAUCGUCGCGGCGAGGAAACCUGUGGUGAUAUAGAUAUUCUCAUCACUCGCAAUCCUGAAGAUGCGCUCGAGGUUCUUCCCAGACUAUUGAAGAAGCUCCAUGAGGCCAAGAUUCUUGUCGCAGACCUUGGGGGCGGCGAUGUGGAUGACUUGGAGGCCAAGUACAUGGGUCUCUGCCGUCGUUCCCCUCGAGACAAAGUUCGCCGCAUUGAUAUCUUAACUAUUCCAUACAGUCAGUGGCCAGGGGCAUUGAUUUACUUUACCGGAGAUGAUAUUUUUAAUCGCAGCAUGCGCCUGUUGGCGAACAAGAAAGGCAUGUCCCUCAAUCAGCGCGGUCUAUGGACGGGAGUUGUCAGAGAUCAUAGGACGAGGCAGAAAACCGCUGCUGGCACUCUCCUCAAUCUACCCACGGAACGAGCCAUCUUCGAGUACCUCGGUGUACCUUGGCAAGAGCCACACCAACGUGUGCGCAAACAUUGA